AUGAAAAUGCUUGCUAUGUUGGGGGGAGAGUUAUCAAACAGUGCCAAGUUCUUUUCCUCAUUUGCAAAUGUAUCGAAAGAAAAUUGUUCAGAUUUAAAGGGUACAUUUGCAACUAAUUGUAGAACCAUGUGGCAUUCUUGGAAAUAUGAAGAAAGAAUUGCAGUUGCUAACCAAGUUGACAAAUUUAAGCAGUCUUUGUCAACAAAACAACUCAAAGAAAAGCAAUUUCGAACUAAGGUAACAGAUUUCAUCUCAAAGAAAAACAGUCGCCAGGAAUUUGUCCCAUUGAUUGGCAAGUUGAUAGAGAAAGCCCAUGUGGAGCCUCUCCAUAUUAAGAACAAUGCAUGGCAGUACUUUUUUAAGGGUGUGUUAAAAGAGGCUACUGCAAAGUCUAAUCUUUCUGGUGCAUGCAAGAAGUUUAGUGAUGUCCCAAAGGAUAGCCCCUUUUCACGAGUUCUAACUGCCCUUAAGUAUGAAGUUAAAGCCAAAUGCCUUGCUAGAAAGGUUAUCAAAUGGUAUGAUGAAACACAGAGCACUGGUCAGGAUUUGCAGUACCGCUUUACGGGGAAAGAAUCUAGACUGUUUUGUCAUAAUUUCAUGCGGUUGGUCAAGUGGCUUAGCAGUGAGAAAGACUUUAAACGUCAGAGGCAAACAGUUUUGAUCUAUGCUUAUGUUGGGCUAAAACUAAGGGAUUGUGUGUCCAUUUUUAAUAUGUCUGAUAUCACUGCUGAACAGCUGAGCCGAUUGGCUGUUGUUGCAAGGGAGUAUUUUUGGGCAAAUGCUUUAUUUCUGCCUUCAUCAGUCAAUCCCACUGUUUGGACAAUAGGGCACAUCAUACCCAGCCAUGCACAAGAUGUCCAUAGGAAAUACAAGCAAGGAUUGGGAACUGUGACAAUGGAAGGGAGGGAGGCCAAACACAUAGCUCUGAAGAAACUAAGUGAGAAUACAACUUUUCAGCGACAGUGGCCUGAAAUUUUUAAACAUGAAUUUGUCAUGUUGAUUUGGCUGCCAGAACAGGGAUUUUAG